UCCUCGGGACCUUUCACCCCAGCAUGGCUGCGCCCGUGGGACCGGUGAAGUUCUGGAGACCUGGUACAGAGGGACCAGGUGUCAGCAUCUCUGAAGACAGACAAAGUCUAGCUGAAAACUCUGCAACGACUGUUGUUUACAAUCCUUACGCUGCCCUUUCUAUAGAGCAGCAGAGGCAGAAGCUGCCGGUGUUCAAGCUUAGGAAUCAUAUACUGUACUUGAUAGAAAACUAUCAAACAGUGGUGAUUGUUGGAGAAACAGGAUGUGGGAAAAGCACGCAGAUUCCACAAUACCUCGCAGAAGCUGGCUGGACAGCCGAAGGAAGAGUGGUGGGAGUGACCCAGCCCCGAAGAGUGGCUGCUGUUACAGUUGCAGGGAGAGUGGCUGAGGAAAGGGGUGCAGUGCUGGGCCACGAGGUGGGCUACUGCAUCCGCUUUGAUGACUGCACCAACCCACUGGCUACGAGAAUUAAGUUUCUGACCGAUGGAAUGCUGGUCAGGGAAAUGAUGGUUGAUCCAUUGUUAACAAAAUACAGUGCCAUCAUGCUGGAUGAAGCCCACGAGAGGACCUUGUACACCGACAUUGCCAUUGGCCUGCUGAAAAAGAUUCAGAAAAAGCGAGGAGAUCUUCGAUUGAUUGUGGCUUCAGCCACCUUGGAUGCAGAGAAAUUUUGGGAUUUCUUUAAUCAAAAUGACACCAGUGACCCAACCAGGGACACGUGCGUGAUCCUUACGGUGGAAGGGCGAACAUUUCCAGUGGAUAUCUUUUAUCUACAAAGUCCUGUUCCAGAUUAUAUCAAAUCAACUGUAGAAACUGUGAUGAAAAUUCACCAGACAGAGGGAGAUGGAGACAUAUUAGCAUUUCUCACUGGCCAGGAAGAGGUAGAAACUGUUGUGUCUAUGCUGAUUGAGCAGGCUCGAGCACUGGGUCGGACUGGGAUGAAGAGACACCUCCGGGUUCUCCCCAUGUAUGCGGGACUGCCUUCCUUUGAGCAAAUGAAAGUGUUUGAAAGGGUGUCACGCACUGUCAGAAAGGUGAUAGUGGCCACCAAUGUAGCAGAAACCUCCAUCACAAUCAGCGGGAUUGUGUAUGUGAUUGACUGUGGCUUUGUGAAACUCCGAGCCUACAACCCCAGGACAGCUAUUGAGUGCUUGGUGGUGGUCCCAGUGUCCCAGGCAUCAGCCAGCCAGCGAGCAGGACGUGGUGGCCGCAGCCGCUCAGGAAAAUGUUACCGCCUUUAUACAGAGGAAGCCUUUGACCAGCUGCCUCAAUCCACCGUUCCUGAGAUGCAGCGGAGCAAUCUGGCCCCUGUCAUCCUGCAGCUGAAAGCGCUGGGGAUCGACAACGUCCUCAGGUUCCACUUCAUGUCGCCCCCUCCAGCACAGUCGAUGGUUCAGGCGUUGGAGUUACUCUAUGCUCUGGGAGGGCUGGACAAAGACUGUCACCUGACUGAGCCGCUUGGCAUGAGAAUAGCAGAGUUUCCUUUGAAUCCCAUGUUUGCAAAAAUGCUGCUUGAAUCAGGAAAUUUUGGCUGUUCUCAGGAAAUUCUAAGCAUUGCCGCCAUGAUGCAGAUCCAGAAUGUCUUUGUGGUCCCCUCAAACCAGAAGUCUCAGGCGAUUCGAAUGCACCGAAAAUUUGCUGUGGAGGAGGGUGAUCAUCUUACCAUGCUCAAUGUGUAUGAAGCGUUCAUCAAGCACAAUAAGAACCCCCAGUGGUGUCAGGCGUAUUUCCUGAAUUACAAGGGUCUCGUCAGAGCCGUGACAGUGAGGGAGCAAUUGAAAAAGCUUCUUGUCAAGUUUCAAGUGCCCAAGAAAUCCAGUGAAGGUGAUCCAGAUCCGGUUCUGAGGUGCAUCGUUUCCGGAUUUUUUGCAAAUGCUGCGAGGUUUCAUUCUACUGGAGCUUAUAGGACCAUCCGUGACGAUCAUGAAUUGCACAUCCACCCUGCAUCGGUCCUCUACGCAGAGAAGCCGCCCCGCUGGGUUAUCUACAAUGAAGUUAUCCAAACCUCCAAGUAUUACAUGAGAGAUGUGACCGCCAUCGAAUCUGCUUGGUUAUUGGAGCUGGCUCCUCACUUUUAUCAACAAGGAACGCCUCGUGUGUGGAGAGGAACCAUCACCGUCAGAGGCUUGCAACCACGAAAUCACGGCCUUGGCCCGGGGCCUUCUUUACGCGUAUCUGCAGGACCACGUGACCUCAUCAGAGAGCAAUGACCCAGCCUGGCUGAGAGAGGCCAGCAGGGCCCGAUGGCCUAGCAAGCUCACAAGACUUUGUCCCCAAGUCAUUCGACAAGAAUGAGUCCCCUCAAGCCCCACAUGGAUUUUCAGAUAUUGUUAGUGGAAUUUCCACAGUACUGCAGUGUCCUCCUGAAGCCAGCUGCUCGGGUGAGACGGUGGAGGGGAGUGGUGUCCUGGAGGCGCAGGGAUGGGCGCUUUCUGUGCUCGUUCACACUCCGCUGGUUCUUUCUUGCAGCUGGUCUUCCUGAGGGCUGGAUGGAGCCAUCACUAGGAGCCCCCUGGUCCAGCCAGUGCUCCUGCCCAUCUCAGUACAGUCAUCAGAUGCCGGCUGAGCACCUGGGCUGCGUGCAUGGCACAGGGAUGGGGGUGGAGAUGUUUGAUGACGAGUGACUGGGUGAGGGGACCAGCACGGAGGCAGGGGACGAGGAUGACAGUGUUGAGAGAUUGCAGAGGCCACGGCGGAAGGUAGAAGCCAGGCAACAUCCAAAAGAAGCCUCCCCACAGCAAGACCCUUUCCUUGUGAACGUACAGAUCGUGCUCACGUUCUGCUGCCCUGUCUGUCCCCUCCCAGUUGAGCCUUUCACUUUGGCAAUGAACGUGGAGAGUCCCCCCAGUCCCCCAGCUCCACGCUCUGGCAUCAGCACAGCCUGCCACCAGCGCUGUUUUCCCUUGGUGGCCCAUGUGCUUCCAUUCAGUCUGGGUUCCCUUGCCUUCUGGCCCUGUUCCCAGCUCUGUUUUUCAGGACGCAGUGCUGACGGCUUCUGGUCACUCAUUUCGUGGGGUUGAGUGGUGCGGCACUGGUCUGAGGUGCCUAAAUUCGGAUGACCGAGAGACCCCAUCCUGGAGCUGUUGAACCAGAUCUCUGACUGUGGGACCUGGGAGUCUGCAGUUGGAAAAGCUCCAGUCCAGAUGAUUCUAGUCAUGUGGUGGAUUGGGAACCACUGAUAAAACAGACAGAAGUCAUGAGGACAUCAACCCAGGGAGGGAGGUGAGCCACCAGCUGGGCAGCCAGGAGGAGCAUCAGACUUGAGUGACAGUUUUUAUACAGGUGGUACCCUAACCUAUACCAGGAUCCACCCCAAGACCACUGGCCUGUUCCCCUAAAGCUCUGAUCAGUGGGGUUGGAAUUCAACUCCAGGCAGGUUGUGAUGGUGGGCACCAAUGUCAGCCCACGGUGAGUUUUCCCGACUGCCCUCUCCAAGUGACAAAUGUAAUAAUAAGCAUUUCGUAAAGCUUAAAGUUAUUCUAUAUAAAAGAUAGUCCCAUCCUUCAGGUUUUUUUUGUG